GGGAGCCAGAGGGCUCGCAGCACCGGAGCAACCCCUGUCUGUCGCCACCGCAGCCGCCGCCACCGCCGGCCGGGACUCGCCCGGAGCGCAGGGUCCGCCCGGCUCCGCGUGGCGCGCGAGGCUCCGCGCCCGCCGCCGCGCCCUCCAGCCCGCUCCUCCGCCGGCCCGCGCGGGUCCCGGCGGCUCCAGCCCACCAUGCAGCUGCAGUUCCGGAGCUGGAUGCUGGCCGCGCUCACGCUGCUGGUGGUCUUCCUCAUCUUCGCGGACAUCUCCGAGAUCGAAGAAGAAAUCGGGAAUUCUGGAGGCAGAGGUACAAUCAGAUCAGCUGUGAACAGCUUACAUAGCAAAUCUAAUAGAGCUGAAGUUGUAAUAAAUGGCUCCUCACCGCCAGCUGUUGUUGACAGAAGUAAUGGAAGCAGUAAGCACAACAUCCAGCCAGCCUCAUCCAAAUGGAGACACAACCAGACGCUCUCUCUGAGGAUCAGGAAACAAAUUUUAAAGUUCCUGGAUGCUGAGAAGGAUAUUUCCGUCCUCAAGGGGACUCUGAAGCCCGGAGACAUAAUUCAUUACAUCUUUGACCGAGACAGCACAAUGAACGUGUCCCAGAACCUCUACGAACUCCUACCCAGGACCUCACCCCUGAAGAAUAAGCAUUUUCGGACUUGUGCCAUCGUGGGCAACUCGGGGGUCUUGCUGAACAGUGGCUGCGGACAGGAGAUCGACACACACAGCUUUGUGAUAAGGUGCAACCUGGCUCCCGUGCAGGAGUACGCCCGGGACGUGGGGCUCAAGACAGACCUGGUGACCAUGAACCCCUCGGUCAUCCAGCGGGCUUUUGAGGACUUGGUCAAUGCCACCUGGCGGGAGAAGCUGCUGCAGCGGCUGCACGGCCUGAACGGCAGCAUCCUGUGGAUCCCCGCCUUCAUGGCUCGCGGAGGCAAGCAGCGCGUGGACUGGGUCAACGAGCUCAUCCUGAAGCACCACGUCAACGUGCGCACCGCCUACCCCUCGCUGCGCCUGCUGCACGCGGUCCGCGGAUACUGGCUGACUAACAAGGUCCACAUCAAAAGACCCACCACUGGCCUCCUGAUGUACACACUGGCCACACGAUUCUGCAAUCAGAUCUACCUCUAUGGCUUCUGGCCCUUCCCGCUGGAUCAAAACCAGAACCCUGUCAAGUACCAUUACUAUGACAGCCUAAAGUAUGGCUAUACCUCCCAGGCCAGCCCCCACACCAUGCCCUUGGAGUUCAAAGCCCUCAAGAGCCUACAUGAGCAGGGGGCAUUGAAACUGACUGUUGGCCAGUGUGACGGGGCCACGUAAGGUGGGCACCUCGUGGGACUCGAAGGCUCACAUUUCCUGCCAGCUACACCACAGGCAGAUGGGAGUCGGGGUGGCACAAACACAAUAGAACAAGCAGGCUAGUGGUUUUCUUUGUUAAAGUGUAAAACAGUGACCAGAAUAUAUAUAUAUCUAUACCUGCAUAUAUAUAUUGACCUGAGUAUUUAUAACUGUGUGGUGUUCAUCUAGCAUUAGGCAGAUAAGCCACAAGAAGAAGGCUUGGAGAACCCACCUGAACCAGAUUGAGACUCAGUCCAUCUUUGGGGCAGAAAGACUUGACGGGCAAAGAAGCCAGACCCAUGGCUUCGGAUGACAACCAGCCUCCUGGGUUGGAGGGAUCCUUGGGCUCACGGAUGAACAGAGAGCCACUUGUGGUCAGCUGCCCAAACCCCUGGGAUAUAUGGACUCCAGAUGGCCAAGACCCAGAGAGGACACUUGACCAGGUUUGCACAGGUGCUAUUUGUGGAAGAGAGAGGUUGGAGAGGUCAGUUGGGUAAAGGAGCACAAAGAGGCUAAGGAACCAAGGUUACCGCAGAGCUGAGGGCCUUGUUCCAUGAACUUAGAGUCUGACUGCCUGAGUCCCGGGUAACACAGAAGCCCCAGGCACGACUGCACGGCUGUGAAGACAAGGCCAGGAGAGAAACCAUGGAUAAUCCGUAUCCUGGCUGAACAAGAACCACCGAGAACCUCAGCAGAUGAAUAACCCUCAAGAGGCAGAGGGUUGUAAAUCAUGCCUCUGAGGAACCGGAAGCUCCUCCUGUGGGUUUGCUCCCACCAAGCACAAGGCAGAAGGGCGACCAGGACGUGCCAGGUGUUCUGUACAGUAACUGAGGCCAGCCGAGGUGGGGGUCAGCCUCCAUCCUGCCCUCUCAGAAUGUCAGCAAGGGACUUCGCUCUCCCCUCUGCCACCAGGGAAGCCACAACAAAAGCUUCAAAGAGCACUUUUUAAGAUAUACAUGAUUGCCUUUCCGGGUGCCCCACCGUGCCGGAGCCCCAGAAUGUAAGGCCUGAAAGACUGGGAAGCACCUAACUCCAGGUCUGGCAACCACUCACUUUGUUUGCUUUCUGUAGCCUGCAGUUGGCAGGGUCCCUACAGCCAGACUGUGUCAGUAUCACUUUCUUGUCAGUCUCCCAUCUCCCUCAGAGGACCAGUGUUCACCGCACACUCACCCACCACCACCUCCCCACAGAAGCAAUGGUUGUUGAAUUUUUGCAAAAUCCUUUUCUUCCCCUACUAAAGUUCAUAGUUAAGACCAGAGCUUAAAAAGCCAAAUGCGGUUCCAAACAUUGGACAUAAUCUCCUAGGAAAAUCUGGGCUCCACGCCAAUACCUUAGGGGCCAGAAUCACUGGUCACAAAGAAAGAAGCAUUAGCCAGCUCUGUUUGUUAGAUGGAUUCCCUUGCUGAUAACGGACAGUGUUUUAAAACAUAUUUGAAAGAUAAGUAGAAAACCAUUCUCUUGAAGGUGAAGAGAGUUAAGAAUAAGUAAUCAAGAUCUGCUCCUCAGUGUAUGAGACUGGACAUAAUUAAUCAAUGGCAAUUCAGGACAGAAUGUUGGCUCUAAAUUAACCUCUGAUGGGCAGGAAGAGUUGGUAUAAGAAACCCAGCACACAGGAAUGCCCCAGUCCAAGGCCAGGAUAGCGACACCGCGUCCCUGCAAUUUCUCCUUUGUUCUUGUUGUCUGAGAUUUGGGAUUUGCAUCAUGAAAUGAAUUUUUAAAAGAGCAACAGCCUCAGUGCGAACCAAGUGGUCCAGGCUCCCCAUGAAUAUGGAAGUAAUUAGUAUCAAAUUGCAUUUGUCUCCUGAGCCUUUCCUCUUGAGGAGCUGAAAGGCCCUAGAAGAUACUUAAUUCUAAGCUUGCAGCACCCUGGGGAGGAGAUAGAUUUAUCGGCAAGGCCUUGGUGGAUUAGCGAAGACCUUGGAUUGCAGAAUGUUCUAUGGUGAGGUCCAAGGCAAGCCCUGAGGCCAGGGCCUGGAGUUGGGCCUGAGCUCUGUCUACCAGGCAGCAUCCUGUCCAUGCAGGAAAGUUAGAGACCAGUACUCCAGAGAACUUGUUUUCUUGCAGGUGGUAAAGUUCCUCCAAGUUCCAUCCACAAGAAGGCAGGAGGUCCAGGACACCCACGCCUGCCCAUUCCCCUAACUUAGCAGAUCCCAAAUCCCAUGGCACUGUGGCAGUAGGCCUUGGGCCCUGGGCCUUGUGCCCUCUUUCUCCACCAGAGGCUGACUGCCCUACCCUGCCAAGUCAGAGCCCCCUUGAGGCCAGGUUCCCAGGCAGUCAAGCCCACCCCAUCACUGCGAUCCACCACCUCAUAGCUGCAGUCAGGCAUCUGUCAGCCUCAGCCUGCCUUCCUGCUGAGGCUGUCCCUCAGCUCUCCAGUCUGCCCACCAUGGCCCCCCAGAACCUCUCAGACCAUCUCCAUUUGCCUCAAGCCCCCCACAGACCCCAACUUCAACCUCCUCCUUCACUAAAGAGAUGGAACCAUCUGGAACGAGGUCUCGCCUCAAAACCUUUUGGUCUCUUCCCACCCCUUCCCCUCCUCCUUCUCCUUCCCCUUUCUGAAGAAGUAAGUUUCCCUGCUGGCCAUGUACCUUUUCUCUCACACCCUUGGCCCCUCUCUGCCACUCUGAUGCUGUUCACCAGCAGAUGCUCACUGGGCCCAGCCUGGCUGUAAUGGCCUCUUCCUUCACCUCCCAGCACCCCAGCUGGGCAGGGACCCCAGUCCCUCCUGCUCGCUUUCCUCUGGACCAUGCUGUGGCUUCCACACCUAACUCGUUUCUGGGACUGGUCUUGAAUGCCCUCCAUCUUGCCUGUUUAAAAGUCCCCUUUUCACUGAGAAACUGCAGGGACUCCUCCUGGGCAUCCCUGGCCCUUCUCAUGGAUGCCAUGUCUUCCUGGGUUUCCCUUUGCUUCCCUGCCCCUUUUUGCCACUUAUUUAAAUAUUUAUUUAUGUAUUUAUGCAUUAUUUAUGGCCAUACCUACCUUGGUCUCCGAGCUGAGGUACAUCUGCCCAUUCUCUCCUUCUCUUCUCCCUAGGGUCCUCCCCUCGGACCCCUACAACCUCCCUCAGCGAGCUCACUCCUUCCCUUAGAUCUAGUCACCAUGUCCCCAGGAGAAGCCUCCUCUUCUCUCUGUGACCAGUCCUCUCCCCAGCUCAGAUGACGUACUGCAUGUGUGAUGCACUCUCUCUGCUCUGGUCGAAGCACCAUAAACUGAACACCUCUGAUGCCAAGAGCUCCACUCUGUCUCCCCUUCCCCUGAAAUCCCUCUUUCAUUCUGUUGGGAGAUCCACGAACCUGUCAGCCAGAUCCUGCUGUCAUCUUCAGGUCUUCCACAGAUCCACCUCUAUUGCUUCUUCCCUCCGACACCAAGCUUACCUCUCCAUGUCCCUGGGACCGCUUUGUGGCAGCCUCCUCUCCCACAUUUCCUCUGCAGGCUUCCACGUCCUCCGGCCCUCCUGAGCAUGCACAGUGAGGUAUUUCUCCUGCUCCUCCACCGGCUUUCAGAGUUCUCCUGACACACAAGUCAAGGCACAAGACUUUAACCUGACACUACAGCCCACCCAUAAGGUCCUAUUCUUUCUUUACACCCUGCACCAGCUGAUCUAUAGGAGUUGCCAGUCCUGGAAGGAGCGUCCGCAUUUCCUCUCUCUGUGCCUUUGGUCUUCUCGUUCUCAUCCUCUGGAUCACUCUUGAAUUUCCUCCAAGGCCCACACAGAGACAUGUCUUUCAUGAAGCCCUCCCUGAUCCUCUGACCACUGGAGUCUCUCCCUCCACUGAACACCGUAGCACUUUAUUUGUACCUUUCUCAUGGCACUUACCAUAUUCUGCCUUGUAUUAUAGUUAUUUGUGCACUUGUCCUAUGACUGUUCUUAGACUGUAAGCUCAUCAAGGGCAGGGGCUGUUUGAUUCAUCCGUAUCCAUCACAGCACUAGGCGUGGUGCAUAAAACACAGCAGUUGCUCAAUAAAUGUUUGUUGGAUUCAA